AUGGACGAAGCUGGAAACCAUCGAGCGGUGAACCGUUUCAGCCGAUGCUGUACAGUCUGGAAAAUCACCGUCGCUACUUUCUUUACUCUUGCUCUGGUGGAUUUGGCUGUUAUUACAACCUGCUUCGUUGGUGUUCAUAAAACGCUGAUUGACAACAACAAGUAUCUUUGUGUUGGGAUGGUGGACGAUGUUACCGGAAGGCAAACGCUGUAUCAUUGUGCCGAAAAAAGUCACUGUUAUCCCAACGACAGGGCUGAAUUUUUUUCGACUGAAUAUAUCCUGACGGUGAUGAUCUGCAACCCAUACCAUGUCUCCUUCGGUCUGCUGGCCGCUCUCACCUCCAUUUCCAUCCUCUUGAACAUCUGCUUCUUGACCGCUCGCUGCGCAAAAUCGGCUGUAAAAUAUUGGACUAAAAGUAAUAAAUUCCAGAAAACCACUGGUGACACGAAGCUUCUUUUGACGGAAGUCGCGACAGCUCAAGCAAUGGAGGAUGUCGAUUGGUAUUGGGCAAUGGGCUUGAGAGGUGCUAUCAUGAUUUUCACGACGGAAAUGGUGCUUCAGUACCGCCUGUUGGAAGCCUUGUUCGACGCCCGAAUCGGAAAACGAAUGUAUUGUCGCUUCAUGGCGAUCAUGACGGGUGUGUUGGUGUCUUACUUUUCUAAGGUCCGGGUCGACGCUGUUAUCAAGCGAGUCUUCCCCUACGAAUACAGGGAAAUCUCGGGAAAAUUGUGCCAAAUCGAUGAGAUUUCCGUGGACAUUACUGAGACUUGGAAGAUGAACUGCGUGGAUCCCAAACUUUGCAAUCGCGGUAUGGCGCUCUUGUUCCAGAAUUUUGGUGAAUGGAAUAUCUGCUACCACAAUGCUCUGUGGUGGGCCGGCACAUCCCUGCACUAUUUGUGGCUCUUCUGCCUUUUGCUGCUUUUCCUGCAUAUCGUCGACCGGAGUGAUAUUAUUUACCGCGCGAUCUGGGGGGCCGUGGCGGAGCGUGUUCGUCGUUACCGAUCCCAAAACCAGCGACAGGAC